CUUUUGUGGGAACAUAUUGUUGACAUGCCAUAUGCGUAGUAUUUUUAUCAGCGAGCUAAACUUAACUGCCUGCUGAAGGCUUGAUAACAAAAUUUGUCCAAGAACGACGAUAAGAAAAGGAGUAGUUUAUCCGGUAUUGAUUUGGAUUAUUCUGUUAUUCCGCUCAUGCCAGCAUAAAUGUGUUGUAUUUGGCACAUGAAUUGUGUCAUAAAACUCCAUAUUUAGUGUUGAAGAUCGACACGUGCUACAGAAGCGAGGAACGAAACGAAAGCGGAAAGAACCGGUAUUGUUUCCACUACAUAUUUUGGCCGGCCGGCAGGCAUCGGUAUAGAUCAUAUUCCCGAGCAUAUACUCGUAUUCAGCUGAGCUGAAGCGCUGUCAUCAAGCUUUUCGGACUCGAACCGUGACUCACAAAACACCUUGAAAACCCUUCACGUCGAUAUCCACAGCGAGAAGUGCAAUGGCUCCAGACAGCACCUCCGCAGACCAAGCGGAUACGGGUCCCGGUGGAGAUGUACCUCCUGCAGCCUCUUCGGAAACACCGAAUCAGACCAUGACGGACAUUCGAGAAGGAGGAGAACCAGAGGUUGUCCUCAAGAGGAAAGUCGGAAUCUUUGGUUGUAUAGCCAUGGUGGUCGGCAUCAUCAUAGGCUCGGGAAUUUUCGUAUCGCCGCAGGUCAUUCUAGUAUACACAGACGGUGUCAUCGGCUACUCUUUCCUCGCCUGGAUCAUAUGCGGUCUCUUCUCCAGCCUCGGAGCCCUGUGUUUCGUGGAGCUCUCGACCACCAUCCCCUUGUCCGGAGGCGACUUCGCCUACAUUCUUCAAGCAUGGGGUCCGUUCGUGGCCUUCAUCCGGAUGUGGAUGAGCCUGUUCAUCAGCUACCCCGGCGAAUACGCCAUCAUCAUCCUUAUCGCGUCUCAGUACCUCGUCAGCCCGUUCUUGGCCAACUGCGAUGACCUUCCACAAGCGGCCAUCCAGCUUUUUACCAUUGUCAUUCUUUGUGCGAUUUACUAUCUCAACUGCGUGAGUGUUCGAUGGACGACCCGGGUUCAGGUGUUCUUUACCGCAGCUAAGGUAUCGGGUUUGGUGAUUAUCAUCCUUGGUGGUGUCGUCCAGCUUUGCAGAGGAAAAACUGAGCAUUUUGCCAAUGCCUUCUCUGGUUAUAAUAACCCAACAAGCUUCCCAUUGGCUCUCAAUGCAGGCAUAUUUGCAUUUUCAGGAUGGCAAUAUCUCAUGUUCAUUACAGAGGAAGUGCAGAGACCUGCAAGGAAUAUUCCUCUAGGUGUUAUCAUCUCUAUGAUCCUUGUGACGUCCAUCUAUCUCUUGACCAAUGUUAGUUACCUGACUGUCCUGAGCCCUCCUGAAAUCAUCAAUUCCAAUGCGGUAGCAGUGGAUUUUGCUAAGCGAUUGUUCCCGGUGUUUGCCUGGAUCAUGUCAAUAUUUGUGGCUCUGUCUUGCACUGGUACCGUCAAUGGCGCCCUCUUUGGCAGCUCAAGAAUCCUAUACGUGGCCGGCCGUGAAGGUUUGAUGCCAAAGCUCAUGUCUAUGAUUCAUGUACGUAAGAAGACACCUCUGCCUGCUGCCAUCUUCACACUACCAAUCGCCAUCUUGAUGGUGUUGAACAAUGACAUAUUCCUCCUCCUCAACUUUGUGGCUUUCAUCGAGUGGAUCAUGAACUUCCUGGCAGUAGCCAUCAUCCCCUACUACCGAUGGAAACAUCCGGACCUGCCACGCCCUUUCAAGGUUCCCAUUGUUGUACCAAUCAUUUACAUGCUGGGAGUACUCUUUGUUCUUGGAAUGGCUUUGUAUGCAUCCCCGAGGGAUUGUGGUCUAGGAAUCGUUGCUGCAGCAUCCGGGAUACCAGUCUACUUGAUAGGAGUCUGGUGGAAGAACAAACCACCCGCGUUCCAGAAUGCCAUCGACAAGACGACGUUAUUCCUCCAGAAGUUGUUACUGGUUGUGAGUCCGGAGCCGCAAACGAAAUCAGAAUGAGACUGUUUCGAGACAGCAGCUGGACCGUGGUCCCAUGUUAUGCAUUUACAUGUUGGCAACAGAAUGCCAAGUCCGGAUGAACAUGUGGUCCCAUUUAAUGUAUUUAUAUGUUGGCAACAGAAUGCCAAGUCAUGAUCAAGUUAUGGUUCCAUAUCAUGUAUUUAGGUGUAGGCAACAGAAUGCGAAGUAAUGGUAAAUAUGUGGUCCCAUAUAAAGUAUUUAAUGGAGAGAAUAUCUUGUCCCUUGCAACAAGACUGUUGUGUAAGUAAGUCCCAUAUUAUUUCAAUUAUUAAUAUGUAUUAAUGCUGCGUUAUGCAUUACAAAUACACUCUUUAUCCAAAGCCACAGCUUAGGAAACCAUGCUGGCUUUGUGUAGUGAUGAAAUUGGACUCUUCCUGCAUGAACAAUCCAAUCAGCAGAUGUUAAUUUUCAGAGCAGCAAAUUUUCCAGGUACCUCCGGCGUACCCUUUAAUGGCCCCAGGACUGCCCAGAUUAUAAUGAAAGGGUCUAAAAUAUUAUCUUAAAAGACAUUCUCUGAAACUGUAAUGGGUACUUAUAUGACCUGCAUCCACGUGGAAGGACACCUGCUCUCUCUAAGCCAAUGGAAUUAUGUCAAGGUCUAUGGUGGUGAUUUUCUUAAACCUGAUUGCUAAGAAAACGUGAAUGAUUGUAAGCAAGCAACCAGAGGACAGACAUCUUAAGGUCCCGUGCGAGGGACCUGGUAAUGAGGAUUUAAAUGCCUUACCAAUGGGCACUAGCUUACCAAGUGGGAAGCGAACCUUGGUCACCAUAAUCAGAAGCCUCUGCUCUACCGACUGACUGAGCUAUCGUGCCUUGUCUUUAUAGCAAGAGGGGAAAUGUUUUACGUGACCUGCUGACGUAGCCAGAUCUGCUAUAAAGCCUUGCUGAUUGUCAGAACGACUCGCUGAAACUUAUCACUCUAUUGGUUUCUUUGUUUGAAAUGUGAAAAACCAUUGCAUUCAAUCGUCUCACUGACUCACAAAUUGAUAUACUCCAUUUAUUUGUGUGCUAUUGAGGAAGGCGUACAUGGCAGUUGUGCAUUGCAAUGGUGCAACCUUCUAUCUUGUGCUGCAGUUCAAUUUAAAGGUUUUUCAAGAAGUUCAGAGAAAUCACAAGCCUCUUAUGAGCCCCGUGAGGCUCGUAUGAUUUUUGAAACUUUUUUGUCCCUAAAUUGUGUAAUUUAGGUAAUGACUAUCGCUGUUAAAGCCGUGCUUCCAAUUUACAAUGGCCUUGUAAGUCAAUGACUGGUGGUUAUGAUUUAUUUACACAUUUGUAAUUAGUCUUUUAAGAAAAUAAUUUAAUAUUGGUCAGUGAUGAUAAAGAACGAUGUGGGAGAAGAAUGAAGAGAGAGAGACAGAGUGGGGAUGAGAAAGAGAGGGAGGAAUGGAUAGAA